AUGAAACGAAGAAUGUACCACCAUGUCCACGCCAAGAGCAAUAAAGAGGAUAUCAGCAGACACAACAAAGAAAUCAGUAAUACAAUUAAUGUCACAGAGCCCUCUCAUAUCAUUGAAACAUCUCCCAACGCUGCUGAAAUUGAGUGUUCUAUAGCCCCAUUCCUAGUUGACAAAGCAGAACGUUUAUUUGCUCCCAAUAUGAGCAACGAUGUUUGUGAAGCUCAAACUCAGGCGUAUAUUCCGGAGAACCCAGCCAAAAUGGAAUUCGCCGAAAAAAAGAAAAUUGAUAAGUAUUGCGGUGUUCAUAUCGUUAAAGUUGACAGAACGGUUGGUCCUAAUAAUCCCAGCUCCAUCGCAUACACAAAAGGAUUUCAAGGCAUAUCAUCUGUAAGAAACGAUCAAGAAAUACUCGAUCUUGGCGGCGUCAUGUUGUUCACUUUUAAGUUGUUGCUGAAAGCACUAUCGGACAGUAAAGUCAUGAAAAUUUCUAAAGAAAAUCGACUGUUUAUAUUUUUAACAAAAAUAAAAACCGGAUUGUCCUUUGCCGCAAUAAGUGUGCUAUUUCAUAUUCACCGAACAACCGCUUCUCGAAUCUUCGUAAUACUUUUACAGUCGUUAAGAGUUGCUUGCCACCAAUUUAUUCUAUGGCCAUGUCGAGAUAUAGUGCAAAAUACUAUGCCCGAAGCAUUUAAGCAAUCGUAUCGAGACUGCAGAGUGAUAAUUGAUUGCACAGAAAUUAAAUUGGAACAGCCCAGUUCAGUUAAGAAUCGAGUACUCAUAUAUUCCAACUAUAAGAAAGGCUUUACUUCAAAAGUUCUCGUUAGUUGCACCCCUGAAAGCCUCAUUUCAUUUAUCGCUAAAUGUUACGGCGGGCGAACAAGUGACUGUCAGAUCACUACUGAUUCUGAAAUACUAGAUUUACUUGAACCCGGUGACGUUGUGCUUCUGGAUAAGGGUUUUCCUAGAAUUCAGACAGUACUUGAUGAACAUGGAAAAGGAGCUCUUAUCGUGAUGCUUCCGUUUUUAUGCGAUUCUGAGAUAGAAAGACCGUAUUCAGAACUCCCUUUUAAAGUCACUAACAGAGUCGCUUUUAGUUAA